UGGAUUUACAGAAGUUCAGUGUUCAGAGAGAAGGAGGAGGAACCGCCAUGGCUUAUCAAGCUUUGCGCAACAAUGGCGGCCGUGUCGGUGCAUCAUCAACGUUCAAGCUAUUUGCAUCCGCCAUUACAGUUUCUAUAUUACUCUUCUUUACUAUCUGUAUCUCAACCACUUCAUCGGCUAAUCCUUCCGACUUCGAUAAGGGUUUAUCUACUUCGUAUGGAGUUGGUUCCAUCGGGAGGAGUAUGCUUGCGGUUAAAUCAGAUCCUUUAAAGCCUAAGAUAGAUCAGAUCAGAAAACAAGCGGAAGAUCAUAGAUCUCAAGUUCAAUCCUAUGCUUCUUAUGCGCGAAAACUCAAGCUCGAGAACUCGAAACUCGUGAGAGUUUUUGCUGAACUCUCUCGUAGUUACACGGAUCUGAUAUCAAAACCUAAUCAUCGUUCUUUAUUUGCAUCCGAUGUGAACUCGAUUGAUGAGUCCGCACUUCGUCAGUUCGAAAAGGAUGUCAAGGAACGGAUCAAGGUCACGCGUCAAAUUGUUGCGGAAGCGAAGGAGUCGUUUGAUAAUCAACUCAAGAUCCAGAAGCUGAAGGACACUAUAUUCGCUGUAAACGAGCAAUUGACGAAGUCUAAGAAGCAAGGUGCGUUCUCAAGUUUAAUUGCGGCGAAAUCAAUUCCGAAGAGUUUGCAUUGUAUCGCGAUGAGGUUAAUGGAGGAACGAAUUGCGAAUCCGGAGAAAUACUCCGACGAGGGGAAACCAUUAGCAGCAGAAUUAGAGGAUCCAACGCUUUAUCACUAUGCUAUAUUCUCUGAUAAUGUGGUUGCUGCUUCAGUUGUGGUGAAUUCAGCUGUGAAGAACCAGAAAGAUCCAUCCAAACACGUGUUUCAUGUGGUAACAGAUAAGAUGAAUCUAGGCGCGAUGCAGGUUAUGUUCAAGAUGAAGGAUUACAAUGGCGCACACAUUGAAGUGAAAGCGGUAGAAGAUUACAAGUUCUUGAAUUCAUCUUAUGUCCCUGUUCUUCGUCAACUUGAAUCAGCUAACCUGCAGAAAUUCUACUUUGAGAAUAAUAUGGCAAAUGCAACAAAAGACACCAACAAUAUGAAAUUCAGGAACCCUAAGUAUUUAUCAAUGUUGAAUCAUCUUAGAUUCUAUUUACCAGAGAUGUAUCCAAAGUUGCACAGAGUGUUGUUUCUUGACGACGACAUUGUUGUUCAGAGAGAUCUAACUGGAUUAUGGAAUAUCGAUAUGGAUGGAAAGGUGAACGGUGCAGUUGAGACAUGCUUUGGUUCAUUCCAUCGAUAUGCACAGUACAUGAAUUUCUCGCAUCCUCUGAUAAAGGAGAAGUUUAACCCGAAAACAUGUGGAUGGGCAUACGGUAUGAACUUCUUCGAUUUGGAUGCUUGGAGGAAGGAGAAGUCCACUGAACAAUAUCAUUACUGGCAGAAUCUGGUUAGGUUUUAUUUAUUUGUUUUCCAUAAUGUUUCUUGUUUGAUUUAUUAAUUGAUUGAUUGCGUUUUGAAUGAUGAACUGCAGAAUGAGAAUCGAACCCUGUGGAAACUAGGGACAUUACCACCUGGUUUGAUAACGUUUUAUUCAACAACUAAGCCAUUGGAUAAAUCGUGGCAUGUUUUGGGUCUCGGUUACAAUCCAAGCAUAAGCAUGGAGGAAAUUGAAAACGCUGCGGUUGUGCACUUCAAUGGGAAUAUGAAACCAUGGCUCGAUAUCGGCAUGAACCAAUUUAAGCCACUAUGGACCAAGUAUGUUGAUUAUACAAACGAAUACAUUCAAGCCUGCAAUUUUGGUGUAUGACUACAGGAGGAUGAUUCAAUAUGUUUGGUUUCGUUUGCAUUUAGUUUUUUUCGUUUCUUAAUAGAUUUUAUUAUUGCCUCUAGAUUACUCUAUUUGUUCAUAUUCUAUUACACUAUUAUAUUCCGUUC